AUCAAAAUAUGUUUUUCUAUCGAAUCUUCCUUUUGAUCCUUGACUUGAAGCUCCUUACGGCUUCUCAUGAUAACACGCUCGCGAACCGACAACAGGAGAACAAAUAUCCCGACGUAGUAUCAUGCCUGAAGGCAAUCGAAGACCCGCUUUUAACGCCAGAAUCUCCAGAGUGGACGGAGGCGAUAAAGCCUUAUAAUUUAAGAAUUGCACCUAUUCCCGCAGCCGUCAUAACGCCCAAGGAUGUCAAAAGUGCUCAGGAUGUAAUGGCUUGUGCAAGGCUUUUUCCUGGGACUCGACUUUCACCUCUCUGCGGCGGUCACUCUUUCGUGUCUUAUGGUCUAGGCGGCACCGACGGUGCAGUAGUCGUAAGCAUGAAGAGCUUCAAGAAAAUUCAGAUGGUGACACCUCGCGUUGUGCGAGUCGGUGGUGGAGUCCUAGUGCGAGAGUUGACCGUCUUUCUACUCAACAAUGGUGGCCUUCAGUGGGCUCACGCAAGAGGCUCGGAAGUCGGGAUCGUUGGUUCUGCCAUAGGCGGAGCUGUGGGUACCGCCUCCAGGCUCAUAGGAAGCACCCUAGACACUGUUGUGGCGCUCGAUAUAAUCUUGCCAGACGGCAACCUUACCCAUGCAACAGCUGAAGAGAAUGCAGAUAUUUUCUUUGCCGUGUUGGGUGCCGGUUCAAGUUUUGGUAUUAUCACCUCACUUGAUAUCAAAGUCUUUGAAGCGUACCCGAAUCCAGUGACAUACAAGUAUCAAUGGGACAAACCUACACUCAAUCAAUCAGUAAUGACUUUCAAAGCUUUCCAAGACUACGGUAUAAAUCAGGCGCCACCUGAGUUGUACAUACGACUGGGAACGGCCCUUCCAAGUAACGUGAGAUAUGAAGGGGUAUACUACGGUGAUAUCAAACAAUUCGAAGACAUCAUGAAACCCCUACUCAGCCAACUCUCGCCACCUGAUGUUGCAAAUGCUACCUUAUGCUCAGUUUUGAAGGCUGAUAAUAAUCACCUCUUGUUUCUCCCACGCAGAGCAGUGACGUAUGCCGAGUCUGAGGUGACGCUUUCAGGGUCUCUUGACGGCCCACCAGCAACUCGACCUAGUGCUGCGACGUAUACCAACUCUCUGUUGACGUUCGAGCCCAUACCAGAUAACACGAUCCAAGAGUUCAUGUCAAACCUGAUGGCAAGGAGCGAAGAAAAGAAAUCUAUAGAUUUUAGGAUGCAGCAGUUUUUUGAUUUAUGGGGUGGAUAUGAAUCCUACAACAGUAAGAUGACAGCGAAAGAUGAAGGGACAUACGCAUUCCCACACACCAAGGCUCUUUUGGUGUUCAGAGCUGAUGGAGUGCUAAAAAAUGCAACCAAUAUUGGGGCUUGGCCGAGCGAUGGAAUCAGCUUUGUACAAUCUUUUACCAAACCUUUGUUCGAUAGUCAAAAAUCUCCUAGAAGUUAUAUAAACUAUAGGGAUAGUGCUUAUACUGAAGAACAGUGGUCUAGCAGAUAUUAUUCCGAUCAAUACCCAAAACUUCAACAAAUCAAAGCUCAUUUGGACCCAGCAGGUAUCAUGUCAGCUAAUCCUCAGAGUAUUCAACCAAGCCCUGGUGGUGUUUAAGAUGGACACCAUUAGCUUAUACUUCUCACUGAUGAAGAAGAAUUAAAAGCUAUUCGAACUACUUUUUUGUUGCAAUGUCUUUCUCAUGUUUUCAUCUACCAUCUUUAUUUGAUUGGUAGUUUAUCUGAUUAUGAAAAUCAUAAAAUGUUCCAAAGUUCUGAC